GUGAAAAUGGCGGAUGCUGGAGGCCGGCGUGCACGGGUACUACUACUGGGAGGUACUGGGUUUAUUGGUCGUCACUUGGUAACACACCUCAUCAAACAUGACCUGGUCAGUAAGGUGCGAGUGGCUGAUAAGGUUCCCCCACAGAUGGCCUGGCUAAACAGUCAACACAAGGAAGUUUUUGCCAAUCCUCUUGUUGAGUUCAAACAUGCGAGCCUAAUCAACCCUGCAUCGGUGAAGAAUGCUUUCACAGACCCGGAGGGAGAUUUUGAUUUUGUCAUCAAUUUGGCUGCAGAGACCAAGUAUGGACAGACAGAUCCAGUUUACCAGGAAGGCAUUAUUCGUCUGAGUAUGAAUUGCGCACAGGAAGCCAUGGUUCGUAAAGUGAAGCUGUACGUGGAGUUCUCUAGUGGUCAGAUGUACUCCACUGAUAAGGUAGAGGAAGAAGUCACGGGAAAGCCUUGUCGGGAGGACGGUAAAUGUGAGCCGUGGACACAUCUGGCCAGACAUAAACUGGAGGUGGAACGACAGUUAGAGGACAUGAAAGAUCUCAACUACAUUAUAGUGAGGCCAGCCAUAGUGUACGGCUCCGGGGACAGGCAGGGUCUCACUCCUAGACUCAUCAUUGGGGCAAUAUACAAGUACAUCAGACAAAAGAUGAAGAUGCUGUGGACCAAGGAUCUGAAAAUGAACACUGUACAUGUGGAGGAUGUGUGUAGAGCUGUGUGGCAUCUCUGUCACCAUGGCAACCGAGGCGAGGUGUAUAAUAUUGUAGAUAGUGCUGACACAACUCAAGGUAAAGUGUGCCACCUGGUGGCAGAAUUGUUCAACAUCCAGUAUGACUUUGUGGGCUCAAUGUUCUCCAACUUAGCCAAGGUAAAUAUGACUAGUGUGGUCGAGGAAAUCAACGACAAGCACAUGACGCCAUGGGCUGCAGCGUGUCAGACGGACGAUGUGUCCAACACACCUCUCAACCCAUUCAUCGACGAGGAGCUACUCUAUAACAAACAUCUGUUCCUGGAAGGGAAGAAGCUGUUGGAUACCGGAUUUAUAUACCAGAUACCGGCCCCUCGUCUGGAUCAUCUCCGUGAGAUGCUUGAGGAUUACAUCAGUCUGGGACUAUUUCCGAAAUCACUCCUCAAACAAGAGAUUUCUAGCAAGGGAGAUCACUCUAGUGACCUUGAUGACCAAGAUGAAUGAAGAUGAUGGCGUUAGAUGUAAAGUGUAUAUGACAUUGAAGCCAUUCCUCCAAUCAAGUUGUCUCCCAUGGGCUAAUCAAAUUAGGUCCAUGUCUCUCAUAGAUUUUUACCGUAUCUAUCCACAAAUAAGUCCCUGCUCACAAAUACACAAAUAAGCAUCCUUCAUUUUUGCACAGUAAGCAAUCUCAAUCUAAAGUGGUUCAUAAAUAAGCCCCCCCCCCCCCCA